AUGACUAAACGCGUACCCGCUACUAACGCCUUUCCACAUCAAGAUUCGGGUGUUGAGGGCGCCACUCUUGAGGAAACAUCUCUUGCAACUCACAGCACUCCUCUCAAUGUGGUUACGAGUGAACCAACCCCGUCAGAAAGCGGAACUGUCAGUGCCGUUCCAGCCUCAUGCGAGCGGGAUAUUGCUGAGUCGCAACACAACCCGACAACUCAGCCGACAGCCAUAAUAGCAUCUACACACGCCACGAGAUAUCGCAGUGCGGCUGUGCAGACACUGCCGCCUAGUAAUGCCGAGCAGUUCCACAGAAUCUAUGAUCGUGAGCCUACGAAUCAAGAACUCGUCAGCAAGACGGGAAGUGCCGCAAUCGGUCGCUAUGAGCCAGGACUGUUAGCAAAUGGCUAUGACGUAGUCCUGUGCACCACAUUCUCUGUCCCAGUCGCUUCAACGAAACGUGCAAAUUACACCAAUUCUUCUUUUCAGACCGAUGCUGUUGCGCAAUGCAAAAAGGCUCUCUUACGUGCGAAGGCCAAGGCAUCAAUGUUGGUCAACAGACAACGUGACGCUGCUCAAUCUGCAGGGUUCAGAGUAUGGUCCGAGACCAGAGAUGAGCACAUCAUACAUUCAGAGCAGUUCCGCGUCAGCGUUCAGUUCGAUGACGAAGGUAACGCAACCAACGCGGACGUUGACGGACUAUCGCUACCAAACAUAUAUGGUGAAGAGAUUGAUCCGCUGCCCAAGACGAUUGAGCCAUUGGAACAAUCACACUCCGAAUUCUCCUAUCAAGAUGCUGAUAUCAACGAGUCAACCAAGCAUUACACCUCCAGUGCCACUUCAGCUAUUACACCUCCACCAAUUCUGCCGUCAGUACUACUACAUAACACCGUCGAAAGUGUGAGUAUUCCGCAGCGCAUUCGCACUGUUGAACCUUGUGUACCGAGCGGGAAAUCUGAUCCUGCAUCAAUCGAAUAUCAUGGUUACUUCCAGCUCGUUCCAAGAGUGGUCGCCGGGAAAGACGACAAUGGAUACGGAGGUAAAGAUAGGGAACAGCAGAAGACAAUUGGUCUGGAUGUUGGUCCACAUGCAGCUACGAGAGUGCAGAAAGACAAACCAGGUAAGAUGGCGAGGAAGGAAGAGACUGUGAUGGUGUUAGGCGGCCCGAGAUUCGCGGACAAGUACAUCAUAUUCGACGCUGUCGCGUCGACUCUUACAAACCCGACCACGACACCUAAUACACGUCCUACUACAACCAAGAAGAGAAAGUCUGAUGAUGAACCGGAAGAGCAAGUUGCCAUAAGCUCACCCAAGCGCUUCAAGAUCUUGAAUAAAAGCGCUAAUGCCUUGGAAAUUGGAACGGAUGCUCAAGAAGAUCGUUUCGUAAAAGACGAAAACGACUCCGUGAUGAGAGACAAUGCAAAAGCUACGGAUAUUGAACGCACAAAACAUAAAGAGGACUCAAGACAAGCAGAAGGUCAACAAGCCCAGGCCAGUACUUUACACAAGAUGUGCAACGACGAACCAGAAGCCGAAGAUGAACGCAGCCCUCGCAGCUCACCAGCCCAUCAAGACUUUAGACGUCGAAGCCGCUCACCUGUUGGACGGCACACUAGCAGCCGUUAUAGAUCAAAAAGCACUGCCAGACGUGGAUCUGAGAGAACCUACGAAGAGAAACGUCGACUUCAUAAGGUGGCAAGUGAGAUAGGCAAUGACUCACGAAUACAUGGUGGGAUCCACCCUGCUUAUACUGACAAGCAAGGUCGAUCGAGAGAAGAUGGGGCGAAUGAUGUACAAAAGAAGGAUGCAGACGAGAUAGUAUCGGUACGCAAGAUGGAACCCCAUCGCCGGCUGGAGCGAGAGCAGCGGGUAGAGGAAGAAAAGCUUACAAAGCGUCAUAAUCCAGAGGAAGCCGAGAUUCAGCGGGCGCGUGAAGCAAAGAACCGUCGAAACUCAGAGAUGGAAGAGAAGAAGCAAGCACAAGAGGCCGAUCGCCAACACCGACAGGAGGAGAAGGACGGAGACCGACGCCGCCGACGCGGAGAUAUACAGGACAGGAGUAGAAAGGAAAGUAGGCAGACUGUGAAGCAGGAGGUAGAACUAUUCGAGCCGGUUGACGCAUAUGCACUAGAGCGAAAAGCUGAGGCAAGACGGAGAGAACUCGUUUUUACAGCACGUGGGACUGGAGAGGCUGAUAGUCGUGCACCCGAGCAACCUCCUGCUGGGAAUGAUAGUUUUGGUAGACUAGAGGUUGAGCGAGCAAAGCCAGAAAAGAAGGUCGAAACAAGCAGAGUGACAAAGCCGAGACCGAGCCGGCCUGUUCGUGGAGAACUUGAGCGGUAUGAUCUGAGGAAGAAAUUUGGGGGUGGUAAAUAA